CCUCAGUCGCUUUCCUUUUUUAUUUUACACGACGCUGCACAUUGAUUUUUUCUGAUUUUUAAUCCAUCUUCUUACACAUUUUUCAAAUAUUUUGCAAAAAAAUUAUAAAAUACCGCAGGUAUUUAUUUCCCAAGAUUUAUCGAGGUGUGAUCUCGUUGUGUUAUCGCUGUAAUCUCGCUUGUACGAUCUCUUUUGUCAGCAAGUAUACAGGGUCUUGUCAAAAAGAUUUUGAGAUGAUGUACAGGUGGAUGGUUGCCGUCCUUCUUCUUUUCUUUUGUCAAGAAAUAAGUACUUUCAGAUGGGUAUCGGACCUCCAAGAUGGCGCCGAUGUAUACGCAUGUCUAGGGGAAGGUGUACAGUUUCCCUGGGAUUACUCUGUACAAGAUGGGGAGGUAGUGCAGGACAUCAAGUGGUAUUACUACUCUGGUGACAGCAGUCGGAGAGGCAUUGCCGCCGUCGUGGAAGGCGACUUUUUCCCUCUUCGCACCUCAUUCUCUGACAGGAUACACCAUGUCCGCAGGCAGGACUUGCACUAUCGCCACUCACCACUCAGGACAGUGGCGAAUUCUCUGUGGUGGUCACUGUUCUUCAUGGAUCCUCCUUCGCUAGUUACAACAUGUCGGCGUCUUUAGUAGUAGCAGAUGAUAGUCUAGUUCGAAUACCACUGGGUCUGUGGGCUCAGGAGGAACAGGUGGCUGUUUACGACAACAAGACCGGUCAGAUGCACGUGCAGCUCUCAUGCAGCGGCUACUUCAUCACUGGACACCCGCCUCUGUAUAUGGAAUGGACGCUUCCUUCUGGAGAGAAGCUUCUCACUUCUAACCACAUCAACAACUCAUUUCUUCUUAACCUGCCUAAUCCUGUGAAGGGAGGUAACUACACGUGCCGCCUGUCGCCGCAAUUACCUCCCAUGUCUUGUUUACCUCAUAACGCCACCUUGUUUGGGAGCUCUUCUGUGAGUGUGGACGAGGUGAGAGCGAGGCUGACACUGAUAGAGGCCGAACAGGAGGUGCUUAGACGAGAACGAGUUCAAAUAGACCGGCUGACAGACGACAACCGGAAGCUCAAAAAGAUGGUGGACAGCCUUCAGAAUGAACUGGAAAACAACACCAACUCACUUGUACAACUGCGGGACUACUUCAAAGAGUUGGACAACCCCAGGGUGAUAUUCGAUGCCCGUCCGUCCGCAAGCUACUACUACAAGAAGGGCCAGCCAGUGAGACUCGAGCACGUGAUCACUAAUGAGGGGAAUGCCUUCAAUGAAACUACAGGGGAGUUUACUGCUCCUUUCAAUGGCACUUACUUCUUCAUGAUCACAGCCCAGGUGACUGAGAGCGUCCGUCUGAUUGGCGCUCAGGACAUUGCAGCUUUAUGUGACAACACUACGUGCUUUUGCUAUGUGCGAGCAACCAUUAUGAACCAGCAAUACAGUUUAGGGACCUGCCAGGCGGCUGUUCACAGGUCCCAGGGCCAGCAGGCAUGGCUGAGAAGCGAGGAAACUUGGUAUUUGUCCUCCGUCUAUACCUCCUUCACUGGCUUUUCCUUGCGUUCUGAUGUUGAAACGGAGCUGUGAUGUUCCCAGACUUCAU